AAACAUAAAACACGUGAUUCCCUAUCAAUCCUUGUCCGGAUAACAUUUUGUAACUGACUAAGGAAAUAUAUUCAUUUUCGUCUCUCUUACCAACUCGCCGAAUCUCUCUUCUGUCCUUUUCCUUCUUCCUAAUUCUCUCUUCUUCCACAAGGUUUCGAUGGAGGCUGUGCUACUCAACCCCACUUUUUACAAUCCCCCAAGCCUCAAUCUCGCCAACUCUUCUAGACCCGUCUCGUAUUUUGCCGGUAAAUCCAGAUUUGGACCACCUGGAUCUCUCUCCCUCCGACACUCCGCAGCUUCUCCGAUCCGAUACUCGAGGAGUCUAAGGGUGGACGAGAGUGAGAGCUUGACACUUGACAGCAUAAGACACACUUUGAUUCGUCAAGAGGACAGCAUCAUCUUCAACCUUCUUGAGCGAGCUCAGUAUCGCUACAAUCCUGAUACUUAUGACGAAGAUGCUUUUGCUAUGGAAGGGUUUCAAGGAUCUUUGGUCGAGUUUAUGGUCAGAGAGACUGAACAGCUCCAUGCUAAGGUGGACAGGUACAAGAGUCCAGAUGAACAUCCCUUUUUCCCACAAUGCUUGCCUGAGCCAAUCCUUCCCCCUAUUCAAUACCCACAGGUUCUGCAUCACUGUGCUGAUUCGAUAAACAUCAACAAGAAGGUGUGGAACAUGUACUUCAGACACCUUCUUCCCAGACUGGUCAAUCCUGGGGACGAUGGUAACUGUGGUUCAGCUGCCGUCUGCGACACAAUGUGUUUGCAGAUUCUUUCAAAGAGAAUCCACUUCGGUAAAUUCGUUGCUGAGGCCAAGUUUCGUGAGAAUCCAGCUACCUAUGAAACAGCCAUCCGAGAACAAGACCGGGCACAACUGUUGCGACUUCUGACGUAUGAAACAGUUGAAGAAGUAAUCAAGAAAAGAGUUGAGACCAAAGCCAGAAUUUUCGGUCAAGACAUAACAAUCAACGAUCCAGAGACUGGAUCUGGAGCUGAUCCUUCAUACAAAAUCAACCCUAGCUUAGUUGCUAAACUCUAUGGAGAAAGAAUCAUGCCACUCACAAAGGAAGUCCAAAUUGAGUACUUGCUUAGGAGGCUUGACUGAGUGUUGUUAUCAAGAAGAAGAGAUCAUCACUUUUUGUAUUUGAUCUUUAAUUUUAUGAAACUGUAAUGUGACAUGAGCAGCGAAAGCUAGCUACUCAAGCUGAGUUUAUUACAAGGUUUAA